AUGGCCCGUUAUAGUAACGAGACUGGAGAUGGUAAUAUUGAUCCGGCAAGCAUAGUUUCUAACGUUAAAAAUAAUAUAAAGCAGGAAAUUAUAAAAGAGCUUCUACAUGGAUCAUUUCAAGACAAUAAAACAAAGCUUGGUAAUGAUGCUCUAACAUUGGUUGUGGAAGUGGCAAAGUGUCUCGUCACAGAAACUUGCCUUCGGGCAUCUAGCCAAGCAUUGAAAGAAAACUGCGACAAAGUUGACAUUGAGCAUGUAGAAAAAUGUUUACCACAGCUGAUGCUGGACUUUCCCUAA